AUGAGUGAUACAUUGCGUAUGGAAGACUUUGAUGUGUUUCCUACAUCGGGGUUUUUACCAAAUAAGUUCCCGUUAGUUAGGUUACCUCAGGAUUAUUAUAAGCCAUGGGAAGAAUUGGUGAAUAACCUACCAUCCUUAAUAUUGACUAAAAGAAUAAGAAGAUUGGUUGAUCAGAUGCCAGAAUUAGAGACCGGGUUGCUUGAAGAUGAUGCUCAGUAUAGAAGAGCCUACCAGGUAUUAACAUUUUUAGCUCAUGCUUAUAUAUGGGGAGUUAGUGAACCCACUGACAAAUUACCUAAGCAAAUAGCAAACCCGCUAUUGAAAGUUUCAGAAUAUCUUAGAUUACCUCCUUUGGCCACUUACUCUGGAUUAUGUCUUUGGAAUUUCAAAGAAAUCUUACCUUCGGAGACUUGUGACAAUGAGGGUAAAUUUGAUCUUGAUAAUUUGACUACAAUAAAUACUUUCACUGGUUCUAUUGAUGAAAGUUGGUUUUACUUGGUGAGUGUUUAUUUUGAAUAUAAAGGAUCGUUUGCCAUCAAACUUGGUAUGGAAGUUUUAAAAAACAUUGAGCAAGAUAAUAUUGAACUUUUAGUAUCCAAUUUACAAAAAUUAGCUGAAUGUAUUGAUAAUUUAGGUUCAGUCUUGAUGAAAAUGGAAGAAAUGUGUGACCCCCACGUUUUUUAUUUUAGAAUCAGACCUUAUCUUGCUGGUUGGAAAGGUAUGGCUGAUGUUGGUUUGGAUAAAAAUGGUAUAUAUUAUGGUGAUGAAUCAACUCCAAGAAGUUAUGCUGGUGGUUCCAAUGCACAAUCUUCUUUAAUUCAAUUUUUAGAUAUCUUAUUAAAUGUUAAACAUUUUUCAACCGGUGAAAGACCUGCUCCUCAUGAACAGCAGAAUUUGAAUAAACCUACUGAAAAUAGUUUUAUGAAUGAAAUGAAACUUUAUAUGCCUGGUAAACAUCAAGACUUUCUCGCCAAAUUGGAAAAAAUUUCCAAUGUUCGUGAUUACGUUUUAAAAAAUCAAGUUGAAAACCCUGACUUGAUUUUAAGUUAUGAUGCUUGUUUAGCAAUGUUGAAAGCUUUUAGAGAUAAACAUAUUCAAAUCGUUACUCGUUAUGUUGUUCUUCAAGCUAAAAAGUCAAGUAAAUUGGGUUCGUCUUCUACAUUAAGAUCUGGUUUGGCUAAAUCUAAAAAGAAAGGGGUCGAAGAAAAAGGUACUGGUGGUACUUCUUUAUUACCUUUCUUAAAACAAUGUAGAGAUGAAACUGGUGAUCCUGCUGCUGGUAACUGGGGUAAAAGAAUCCUUAGUGAUGGGGUCAUGAGAUUGAAGUACUCUAGACCAAACGCCGUCAAUGAAGAUUAACCACUCAAUUAAGUUUAUGAGUAAUGAUUUCUUGAAUUCAAUUCUUUCUUUCUUCCUUUAGUUACUACCAUUUUAUUGCAUAGAUCUGACUUUUUUUUUAAGCUUUUUUUUUUCCUUUUUGAUUUUUCCCUGUUCAUAGAUUUUUAUACUAUAAUGACUUC